CCGGUGUUUUGUAUCAUCUGCGGGUGGCCAAAGAUUUGGACCACGAUGACAGAGGACGACUAUGCUCGCCGUGGUUUUGUGUAUCAAAAAUGCCUUUCCGGAGCACUACGAUGGGGAUCCUGUGUUGAUCCUCUUCACUGCCCUCCGGCUACUGUCCACUGCCCUCCGACACUGGCAUGCUGACGGAUGAAAUGUCCGCUACCGUCACCGUCACUACCGGAGAUUCAGUCAACCGCAUUCAAGUGGCCACACGUGACGUCGUAUUUUGAGGUAUCGUACGUGGACGGAUGCACCAAGGCGAGCCCGGCCACUAGCGAUGUCGCGUCCGGCGACGAGACCGUUUACGUGGACGGAUCCGCUCAGGCCGACGUGGUUAUGUGCCACGUCGCGUCAGCCGUCGACGUCGGGUACGUAAACGGUAUCGCACGUACGUAUAACAUAGUGGUACAAAAAAGGACAAUGAGGAUGGCCGAUGAAAUGGCGCAAAUGGUCGACGUAGAUAAAGCCGUGAGAGUGCCUGCAGCCCAGCCACCGACGGCCCCUGGUACCUAUGGCCCUCUUGUACCUCUUGGCACGGAACUUAGCCCGUCAAAAUCUGAAAUUCAGGAGUCGACGUUAAACCGAUCCCAUAAAUAUUGGAAACUGCGGUUAUCACUAUUUUCAAAGUUUGACGAGGGAAUUAUGCUCGACCCAGUAUGUACUCCGUUUGCCCAGAGGUACUGACACAACAUAUUU